AUGUACCAGCUCACAAGAGUGGAGUUCAGUGGCGGGGAAUUGACAUUGCGGGGCGGUGAAUAUCGUCAUAAUCUCUCCGCAGGCUGUCGCGAACAGCGAUACGUCCGUGACCUACUUCCCCAUUCAUCUCGACUUACAGUUCUCGCAGACGCUUAUCUCUGCUCCUCAGUCAUGUAUGAUACUUAUCGUCCUCAUCUGCUGCUGGCUCAGGUGCCUCUCACAGUGUCGCCUUUUAUCAAUCUCCCCGCCUCUGUCACGCUACCCUACACGUAUAAAUCAGUCCCGAUAAGUCUGCCGCAAUCGGUCCUCGUAGAUCCUGCGAACCCCGAUGCCAAGCCUCGAUAUGUGCUCUCCUCGACGGGCGAGCAUGCAGCUCAUCCCGACGAGAUUCUCGCGUCCUGCCAGUCUCUGGAACAACACCUGAAGAAGACCAAAGCGGAAGCAGAGUCGGCUAUCAAAGCAUGGGAAGACUCUAUUCGGGAGCGAGAAUUGGCAGAGAAGCGACGUGUGGCGCCGGGAUGGCUGGACCGUGACGAAAAGCUCUUGCAGCCCAGUGUUGCCGCAACGUUGUCGCCAUCCAAGACCGAGGGGGCAGGUAGCCUGUUGGACAGCGUGUCUGCCGACCAGGGAUCCUCGAGCCUCCCCGCAAUGGUCCCGCGUGACGAGGGUGAAGAGAUCGACCGGGCUUUUGGUGGACUUGGCCUGAAAUGA